CGUGGUCCUUGGCGCUUGCGCAACGUAGGGUAGGCGGGGUGAGUCGGUAGCAGCCGUUCUGCGCCCGGCGCGUGCGCACUGGGCGGCCACACGGGCCCAGGCGACGGAAGGAAGAUGGCGGCGGUGGUACAGAAUGUGGUGAAGCUCCUUGGAGAGCAAUAUUACAAAGACGCAAUGGAGCAGUGCCACAACUACAACGCCAGGCUGUGUGCUGAGAGGAGCGUCCGGCUGCCUUUCCUAGACUCGCAGACCGGAGUGGCACAGAGCAACUGCUACAUCUGGAUGGAGAAGCGUCACAGAGGCCCAGGUUUAGCCUCUGGCCAGCUCUACUCCUACCCAGCUCGCCGUUGGCGGAAAAAACGCCGUGCUCACCCUCCUGAGGAUCCGAGGCUUUCCUUCCCUUCCAUCAAACCAGACACUGAUCAGACCCUAAAGAAAGAGGGGCUGAUCUCCCAGGAUGGCAGCAGCCUGGAGGCCCUCCUAAGGACUGACCCCCUGGAGAAACGCAGCCUGCCAGACCCGCGCAACGAUGAUGACAGCCUCAGCGAGUUCCCUGUCACCAACAGCCGUGCGCGGAAGGUACGGCAGAGAGAGGGCGUUCUCCCCUAUGUUGCAAGAGGGAGCUUCAUGCGGAUCCUUGAACCUGAUGACUUCCUGGAUGAUCUGGAUGAUGAAGACUAUGAAGAGGAUACGCCAAAGCGACGAGGCAAGGGCAAAGCCAAGGGUAAAGGCGUCAGUGGUGCUCGGAAGAAGCUGGAUGCAGCCAUAUUAGAAGAUAGAGAUAAACCUUAUGCCUGCGACAAUAGUUACAAACAAAAGCAUACCUUGAAACCUCCCGACCGAGUCUGUGGGAAGCGUUACAAGAACCGUCCUGGGCUCAGUUACCACUAUGCUCACUCCCAUCUGGCCGAGGAGGAGGGGGAGGAUAAGGAAGAUUCGCAGCCCCCGACGCCCGUUUCUCAGAGAUCCGAGGAGCAGAAGUCCAAGAAAGGUCCUGAUGGCUUGGCUUUGCCCAACAAUUACUGUGACUUCUGCCUGGGAGACUCAAAAAUCAAUAAGAAGACUGGGCACCCGGAGGAGCUGGUGUCAUGUUCAGACUGUGGGCGAUCAGGGCACCCUUCUUGCCUCCAGUUCACCCCUGUUAUGAUGGCAGCAGUGAAGACGUACCGUUGGCAGUGCAUCGAGUGUAAAUGCUGCAACAUCUGUGGUACCUCGGAGAAUGAUGACCAGCUGCUCUUCUGUGACGAUUGUGAUCGUGGGUAUCACAUGUACUGUCUAACUCCGCCCAUGUCCGAGCCACCCGAAGGGAGCUGGAGCUGUCACUUGUGUCUGGAUUUGCUGAAGGAGAAAGCCUCAAUCUAUCAGAACCAGAACUCCUCUUGAUCCGGUUUUGGGUUGGAGGGCAAAGUGUGGCUCAGUAGAGUAACCUCCAGUCAUUCAUUACAUACAGGGCUCUGUUACUUUUUCUGUCUCUUCUUCCCCCCCCCCCCCUUUUUUUUAAAUGGUUUAACCUUUCCUGUGUUUCUUUGGGUUCCUUUUUGUUCAAUUUCUCUCCUUCCCAAAGCAGAUUGGACUCCGCCUGUUACCAGAAGAUCCAUCCUGGCCUGGGGUUAGAAGUGGAUCCACUUCCCCUGCCAUAUCAGGUGAAGUCUUGUACGCAAGGCUCUCCCUUGGUUGUUGCUGCAUUUCGGCCUCUGUCUAGGCACUGUUCCAAACAUACAUAGCGUGAACCAAUGCUUGACCCUCACUGAAGGCAAAGCCAAUCCUAACACGCAGAUGAGAUGCAAAAAACAGGAAUCUCCUCUCUGUAUAGGAGGGAGAAUCGCCUUAUUCAUCCUGGUGAAAGAUGUCUUAGUUUCUCCAGUGCAGGAACUGCAGAAAAGCGCCAUAGGAGAAAAGGGGUCUUACAUCCUCGCUUAAAUGACUCCUAUACCUGAGUCUGCUUUGUCAUUCAGCAUUACCGAGUUAGCAGCCACCUCCAGGGCUCCCGUCAUCCACGCUCUUAUGCUACAAGUCUGUCUGAGCAAAAUCAACCCGUCAGGUAAAGGGAAAUGGCUCCAGACAUUCUGCGUGUCCCAAAUCAUCCUCCUCCUCCACUUACUCUCUAAUUACUGGGUUUAAGUCCACACACUUCUCCUAGUAUAGACAGGAAGCAGUGCUUGUCCCUGGUUGAUAGUAGGGUAUUGAUCACUGAUCGCCCCUUCCUUCCACAAGUUGAAAGUGGUUUGACUGGUAUAGGUGACAAGACCAUACUAUUUUCAAUACCACCUGCUAGAGAAUUGAUUCCAGCACUGGUCAAAAGGGAUCCAAUGUGUGGGUGAGGGUGUGGUAUCCCUUGUUUGUCAGCCAGUGUCAACCAUGGAUCAAUAUCCCAGUGUAGAGAAGGCCUUUGAUUUCCACCUGAGUCAAACCAGUUUAAAUAUGAAGUGACUCCAUUGUAUCUUGGUGUAUGCUGGUCUGACUGAGAUCAGAGUCAAACCCAUAGACCCUGCAGUACCUCAGCUUGAUUGCAUGUUUACACCUGUCCUGUAAAACUACACUCAGUAUCCCAUAGUUCCAGGUUUUAAUGGUCUCACAGGGUUUAAAAUUUCACCAGGUUACUUUGGAAAAGGUCUGCCCCAGCCUCCUUUACAGACUCCAUUCUUGAGAGGAGAAAGGGAUGGUCCUUAGGAUUCUUCACUGCUGCCUUAACAUAGUCCAAAUGUGUAAGUUGGCCCUUCCCAUGUACAUCCCCUGCACUCAAGCAUUUUAAUGGAGUUUUGCUUAUUAUAUUUUUAACCUACAAAGCCUGUCGUCCUGGCUUUUGGUGAUGGUGUAGAUUUUCAUAUCAUUAGGAUAAUGAAACUACAGUUGGGGCUUUCAUCCCGGGCUCUUGAGUCCCAUACAGAAGCUGGUUGAUCGCCAUCCCUGCAAGAGGCUUGAGUCCUCCCGUGCUGUAGCAAUGGCAGCACCAUGCCUCCUGAUAGGAGGAUGAUGGUUUGGGACGAAGGGUUCGGAACAAGCAGAGAACUCCGGUGUUUCCAUGGAACAAGGUGCGGAUGGACUAGUCUUUUGAUUUGCAGAUCCCUUUGCCGCUCCAGUUAAUGUGCCUAUCCAAGGGAGCUGCAUGCCCAAGACUUGGGAGUGCCUGUUCCAG